CGCCAGUCAGUUGUUUGCAGACAUCGGUUUGUUCGGUAUGCGUUCCGAACUGGUCUUCAAGCACGAAGAAGAGCUUUUAAAUGGAAGAAAUUGUGGUGUCAUGUGCAAUUUGUGAAGUGAAGAAGCCGGCCUGGAGUUAAAUUUGACAAUAAGUAGAUGUGGCGCAGCUCGCGCUCCGCUCGGCAACAAUGCGAAAUGGAACAGCUGAAUCCCCUCCCCGAAAGAUCUGCAGGGCUCUUCGGGAUCAUCCCGCAAAACUCCCCUCAUGUCCGACGAGCGCACUUGCAAUUUCCACCCCCUCCUAAUUACCCUCCGCCAUCUACUUCUGCCAUGUCCGAAGAGCACUUGAUGAGUGCUCCAGGACCAUCAAGUCAGAAUGCUUGGGAUCUGCCUAAUGACUAUUCAUACGCUUACUACGUGCCGGGGCCCCCGACACGCCAUACGAACGUCCCUAGCAGAUACCCGGGAUAUAGGGAGGGCUCCUAUAGGACUCGUCACACGUACUUGACGCGCUACGGCACUGAAGAGAAUAUCUACGAGGAGAUAAGUGAAGUGGCGAGAGCCCGACGGAGACCUCAACAACAUCAGAGCAUUAUGAGCAUCAACCAGAGUCUGGUGGAAGAGGAGUUGAGGAGGGUCCAGACUGGACACAGGAGGGUCCUAGGGGAACUCAACCUGUCCAUCGAGGCGAUGCUGAUGCCAUCAUCGUCGCGGGAGGGCAGUGAUGACACCGAUAAGGAAGAAGGUGACCAGUUGGCAGAUCUGCUAACUGUUGGACCCACUGACGAUUUGCUAUCUCCAGUGACUUUGGUGGACAUGGAUAGUGGAUUCAGUGGUAGUUCAAGUGGUGCUAGUUAUCGGAGUGCAGGGGGGAGUUUAAGACGUGGACCUGAAAGGCCGAAAUCGGCCAUUUCUGCAGGUCCGAGAACUUCCACACCGACAGAAGCCCAAAAAGGGUUCUGGGGAAAGAAGGCUUGGAGGAAACUUACCGGAUUUCCUAGCAACAUCAGUCUUAAUAAACAAAAAGACGAGCCCCGCAUCCGUUCGGGCACAUGGGAGGAGGCGUCUUGCGAGCAUCGUGUCCCCAGCCGCACCCUGCAGCACACAGUCUCACAGCGGAGCUCCGAAGACAGCUGGUGCUCCGGUUCGGACCCCGAGCUGUCGUCGGACGGCGAAAGUGACCGCAGCGCCACCUCCAAUUCCAGGGUCAACAACACCCAAUUCCGCAACACGUUGAAUAAGGCGAAGACGUUGUGCGAUAAGUUCAGGGCGAGUGGCGGCAUCGGUUCCAACCAUCGGCUCUCACUCGAUGGGACUUUACCGGAUCAGGCCAAUCAAGCGAACCAAGGGAAGCUGUCGCGGUGGUUCUCAAUCCGGCGGGGAAGUACCCACCAGUACGACAUCGAAAAUGUGGACGGAAAAGCGAGUCCAGGGAAUAAAAUGCCGCUUCUACCAGAAGUCGACGAGGAGAACGCGUUCAACUGUUCGGUGCAGCAGAGGAGACAAGUGCCGCCCGCGUUGCCGCCACCGCCCCCGAAUUUGACCCCUCAGCAGCUGAAAAGGAGGAUGAUCGUCGCGGCGAUUGUUCACAGCGAGAAUUCGUACGUCGCGACGCUGCAAAGGCUGGUCAAUGAUUACAAGAAGCCGCUGGAGGAGAGCAGUCCGGCGAUUCUCAGCACUUCUAAAAUACACACUUUGUUUCAUAGACUGCCGGAAAUUCUCCAGUGCCAUACCUUGUUUAGAAUUGCUUUAGCCGAAAGUGUUCGAAACUGGGACCGAGAUGAGAAAAUCGGAGACGUUUUCGUCGCCUCGUUCUCAAAAGCUAUAGUACUCGAUAUUUAUAGCGGUUUUAUCAACAAUUUUUCAGUCGCGAUGGAUUUGGCCAAAAUGGAGGCUAAACGAAAGUCAGCGUUGGCGGACUUUUUAAAAGUGAAGCAGAUCAGUUCACACGAUCGGUUAUCAUUUUUCGGGUUAAUGGUCAAGCCGGUUCAGCGAUUUCCCCAAUUUAUUUUAUUUCUACAGGAUUUGCUGAAACACACCCCGCAAGGCCACCACGACCGCAUGUCUCUCCAGUUAGCGCUGACUCAACUCGAGUCUCUUGCUGAGAUGCUGAACGAGCGCAAAAGAGAGGCCGAACAGUACCAAGCUUUCAAAGAGAUGUUGCGCCACAUCAGCGGCAAAUUCUCGGUACGGCCUUUGUCGGACUGUAACCGAUAUUUGCUACGUGAAGAUAACGUUAUGCAAUUGGAGUACAACCAAGGCGGCAUGAUAACAAAAGCCAAAAACCGCCGACUUUUACUCUUGAACGAUUUAGUAGUGUGCGUCUCGGUCGCACCGAAACCUUCCGAUGAUUUCGGAACGAGCGAAAGACUGAAUUUAAAAUGGACCUAUCCGGUUGCCGACGUCGAAAUCCAAGACAACAGCCCGUCCCCCACUCUAAGCCGGGUUCUAACCGCCGGUUUAAGCAAAGGCGGGAGCGUUAAAUCGAACAGUUCGUUUGACGGCCAACAACCCCAAGAUGCUAACAAUUUGUGCACCGAAAUGAGCAAUCUAAUGCACGAUUACGAGAUCAUGAGUCGCAUUUCGGAUCUAGUUGGCUCUCUGAAAGGCAACUACAAAGACAUCACUCUCGAAAACACCCGAAAGAUUCUACACCAAAUCCAGACGUCGAUUCAACAGAAAGACGAGGAAAUGGCGUGGGUCGACUCGUGUUGUCUCCAAUUAGUCGUUAAAACCAAAGGAAAGGAAGAAAUCUUUACAUUCAAAACUGACAAUCCCUCCAUUAAGAAAGAGUGGAUAACGGAAUUGAGACUGGCACAGUUGGCUUUGGACCCGAACAAUUCUCCCGCAUGGGAAGUCCCCGAACAGGAACAGCGUCCAUCGACGAAAAUGCCCUUGUUUGUCAAAUCCCAGUGUGUGUACAAAUCGCAGCAUCAAACCGAAGUGCGCUGYGGAUGCUACUACACUGUCAAUUCUGUAAAAACGACACGCCGAAGACACCGCACUCAAAACUACCUCUGGAUAUGCACGACAGAUGGUGCCAGCAGUCAUAUUGCGAUUUUGGCCCAACACCACCAACAAGCGAGUGUUCUUAAAGACGUGACGUCAUUCAGUCUUGUAGAGACACAAGUCACGGCUAUGGAAUUCGUAAAAGGGGCCCCACAUCCGUGCCCGAGUCUCGCCUCAGAUUCGGUUUGGAUGGGUACCGACAGUCACCGCCUCCUGUUGUACGCCGCCGACGAGCCGGAAAAACAAGAGGAAAUCGGAAGCGCGGCCGUUUCGGAUGUCAUAACCCAAAUAAAAUGUCACUGUGAUAGCGUUUUCGUCGCCUUAGCAAACGGAACUUUAAAUGUAUAUAGACGGAACAUGGUCGACGGUAGUUGGUUGUUGCAAGAGCCUCAGAUUAUUAAUUUAGGCUCUGAUCCGGUCUCAAGUCUACUUCCCAUCAACUCGUGUCUUUACGCCGCUUGUGGGAAGAAAGUUUGGGUCAUUAGUGGACUCACCGGGGAAGUACAAAAGAAUUUCAGUAUUCAACACGAGCACGUCGGGAAUGUCAACCUUAUGGCACAUAGCGGGAUCGGUCUUUGGAUCUCUUUAAAACAUUCGAGUACCAUUUGUUUAUACCAUACUGAGACUUUCAAGCAUUUGCAAGACAUUAAUAUUGCUUCGAAUGUCAUGAGGGUUACGACGCCCUCCAGCGGCCGGGACUGUGUUAACAACAAUCGGUCACAAGUCAACGUUACGGCCCUUCUAGCGUGUAAGGGACUACUCUGGGUUGGUACCAACGUAGGUAUCACACUUACUAUCCCUCUGCCAAGRCUAGAAGGCGUACCGAUUAUAAGUGGGCGUGUCAAUAUAUCGUACCACGCUCACUUUGGACCAAUCUCCUUCCUUCUAGCCUUGCAACCAAAGUCUGGGGCCGUACCCAAGAAAGACCCACCUCAAGACGAGACGCCUCAAGAAGACCGUCCUAAGAUGGAAAAGCAGCUCUCUGAUACUUCCAUGUCAUCGAAACUUCGCUACUUUACGAGUAGUCCAGUGGUCGUCCGUCGUCGUAAAUCUAAAGACUGCGACAUUUCCCGUCUGUCUAAAACAUUACCGAGAGGUUUCGGUAACGGUGGCUCCAUCUUCUCGACCAGCAGUACUUCGUCGCAAGUGUCGGGCGACACGUGCGACGUGUACGGCCUCUACGGCGAGUUGAUGUACAUCAAAGACUACGAAGGCGAGGAGCAUAUUCUCACUGACCCGAUUUACGAAUCGUUGCGUCGCAGUGAUCCCGAGUUGGCCAUACCUAACAAAGUUAGCACUCUUGACAGGAGGCUGAAAAUGAAAGUGAGUAGGCCUCGGUCGCUCGAUUUGUCCAACUGGUCGGUGGAUUCGCGGUCGUCGAGUCUGUGCACGUCGUCGGGAAGCGAGGAGAGUAUGGCGAUGCGGCACGGGGCGGGCCGGAGCGUUUCGCGCAACAACUCGAAUGCCAGUAGACAGUUGAACGGGGUUAGUGAGAACGAGGAAGAGAAGGAAAAGCCGGCAGUGGCGAGUAAAACGUUGAGUAAAGGCGGCGUGGCUGUGGAUAACGCGAGGAGGACAGUUAUAACUUUAAUGGGGGGCCGGGGGUACGUGAAUUUCAGACAACCGUGUUGUCCGGCCGAUAAGUCGAAGAAUUCGUUUUCGAUCAGGGAGUCGAAUAGGAAUGAUGCUCAUAUUGUCAUAUGGGAACUGAAAUUGUGAUCAGGUUCGGCCUAACUAAUUAUCCAAAAUGGCGGUAUUUUUGUAAUUGUGUAAAAAAUCUCGAUUAUUUUUAAUUUAUUUGUUGUAAAGUUUUUUUAAGACGUCUUCACCACUUAAGGUUUUUAAUGUGCCCUGUUACAUAUAGUUGCAUGUUUAAUUAUAAUGAAUUUAUUACUGUUCACUGUGUUAUAGAGCAUUUAUUGAAAAUAAAUACAAAAUUCUGCGAUCA